AUAGAGGCAGAUGAUCACCAACUCAAAUGAGUUUUUUCUCUGAAGACAAUGACAGCAAUUUAGCACCAAUUAGUCUUCCCUUGUGUUGAUACAGUAGCAUUUUGUUUCUCGUCAAUCACCAACAUGUCCACUAAAUCCAAAUCAACUCUUAAUGGAACUCCUAGCAACUCGACACCAUCAACUCCUCGGAUCAAUAGAGUGAGCAGGGGACUAGCUAAAUCUGAUGCUGAUUCACCCUCUCCCUUGCAGAAUUCGCGUUGUUCAGUGGAUAAGUCUGUUAGAUCUGCUAUUAUUUCUAAGACUUCUGUGGAACGGCGGUCCUCUAAGCUCAGUACCCUACCUGAUAAAAAACCAACACGGAUACUGAAGCCAUCAGAACUACAAGCUGAAUUAAAUGUUGCUCGAGAAGAUCUGAAGAAGGCCAAAGAGAUGUUGGCUUUGGUUGAAAAGGAAAAAGUGCAAGCUCUUGAAGAAGUGAAGGAAGCUCAGAAAUUGUCUGAGGAAGCUAAUGAGAAGCUGAGAGAAGCUUUGGUAGCUCGAAAGCAAGCUGAAAAGAACUCUGAAGUUGAAACGUUUCGUGCUGUUGAGAUGGAACAGGUGGGGAUUGAAUCUGCUCAAAAGAAAGAAGAGGAAUGGAAGAAGGACCUCGAAGCUGUGAGGAAUCAACAUGCUGUUGAUGUGGCUGCUCUCCUCUCUGCCACACAGGAACUUCAACGUGUAAAGCGCGAAUUGGCCAUGGCAUGUGAGGCCAAAAAUAAGGCACUUAGCAAUGCUGAGGAUGCUGGGAAAAUUGCUGAAACUCAUGCUGGGAAGGUGGAAAUCCUCUCGGCUGAGUUAGUGAGAAUGAAAUCUUUACUUGAUUCCAGGAUCUCUUGGAAUGAAACGGAGGUUAAUGAGAAGAAUAUGAUGGUGGAAGAUCUAACACUCGAGAUAGACACGCUAAAAGAAGAACUGGAGAAAGCAAAAAGUUAUGAAGCUAAAUUGGUGGAAAAAGAAGGUAUCAUGAAGCAACUUAAUGUCGAUUUGGAGGCUGCUAAGAUGGCUGAAUCUCACGCUCAUAAUGUAUUGGAGGAGUGGAAGAAGAAGGUUGAAGAAUUGGACGCUCAGGCUGAGGAAGCAUGCCAUUUAGAAAGAUCUGCAUCAGUAACUCUAGAGUCGGUCAUGAAACAACUCGAAGCAAGCAAUGAUUCGGUGCAUGAUGCAGAAUCUGAGAUUGAAUGUCUCAAGGAGAAGGUGCGGAUACUUGAGGAAUCAGAACAUCACACUCAAAUGGCCAAGGAAGAAGUGAGUGAGUUGAGAAAGAAGGUAGAUUCUCUUAUAUAUGAUCUUGAAACAGUGAAGGAAGAGAAGAAUCAGGCUAUGGAGAAUGAGAAACUAGCAGCAGCCAGUAUUCAAACACUGUUAGAACAAAAAAACAGACUUGUAAAUGAUUUGGAAAGGUCUAGGGAGGAGGAAGAAAAAAGUAAGAAGGCAAUGGAAAGUUUGGCAUCAGCUUUGCAUGAGGUUUCUUCAGAAGCAAGAGAAUCCAAAGAGAGGUUGUUGUCUAACCAAGAUGAAAAUGAACAUUAUGAGACACAAAUUGAAGAUUUGAAGUUGGUAUUGAAAGCAACAGAAGAAAAGUAUGAAAGCAUGCUUGACGACGCAAAAGAGAAACUUGAUGUUCUUACCAGUUCUGUUAAACAAUCCAAGGAUGAGCACCAGAAAUUGAAGACUGAGUGGGAGGAAAAGGAGCUUCAUCUGAUGAGUUGCAUGAAUAAAACUGAAGAAGAAAAAUCAUCGAUGGAAAAAGAGAUAAACCGACUAGUAAAUCUGCUAGAAGAUGCUGAAAAAGAAGCUUCUGUCAAAAAAGAUGGAGAAGCUUAUUUGAAGAAUUCCCUAAAGAAAUCUGAAUCUGAGGUGACUUAUUUAAAGGAGGUCCUUGGUGUAGCAAAGGAUGAAAGCAUGAGGUUGAAGGAACGUUUAACGGACAAAGAAAAUGAAGUGCAGAAUAUUGUUCGCGAAAAUGAGGAGCUCCGAAGUAGAGAAGCUGCAUCUUGGAAGAAAGUUGAGGAGUUGUCCAUGUUGCUUGAAGAAUCAUUAGCCAAAAACGAACCUGAAGCAAAUGGAGAGCUUUCUGAUAGCGAAAAAGACUAUGACAUGCUCCCAAAAGUAGUGAAAUUAUCUGAUCAAAUAGAGAAGCCUAAGAUGGAACUUCCACCUUAUCAAUCUGAGCAACCUGUUGAAGAAAAACCUGAAGAUGUCAAAAUCUCCUCACAUGAUGAAGCUGAUCUUAAGGCCUCUAAACUGGUCGAUAAUUCAAAUGGAAAGCUAAAUGAACUUGAGAACAAAGAAAAGGAAGAUGAUGAUUUGGUAAAAGCUGAGAAUAAAAUAUGGGAAAGAGAAGCAGAACUAGAAGAAAAACCAGAGUCAAAGGCUGAUGGUGAAGAGAGCCAUGAAAAUGGUGGCACAUCUCCUACUAAGCAGCAAAAUCAGAAGAAGAAAAAACCUUUGUUUCAUAAAUUUGGAAGCCUACUGAAGAAGAAAAGCACCAGCAGCCAGAAGUAACUGAUCAGUUAUCAACUGCUUUGUGCCUGGCAUAUAGCAGUUAUACUAGCAAAGAGUAAACAUUUGGACUGGAAUAUGCUUGGUUUUAAAAUAUUUUGCUCUUCUGUUUUCUUAUUUGUUUAUAUUUCAAAUAGGGGCUUACAUAAGAAAAAAGGUUGUAUCAUCUUUAGUUUUUUCCUUCUUAUUUUUUGGGGGGUCCUGUUUCUCGAUUUUAAUUUGUCAUGCUGGGAAUAUCCUUUAUAUUUGACACCAUUUUUUCCAGCUU